AAAGUCACAAGUUAUGAAUCUCACGGCAUAGUGAUAGUCCCUCGUUAAGAAAAAAAAUAUAAGACAUUUUAGUUCCUCCCCAGAACUUUAGUGGUGAAAAUUUCAUCAAUGGAGGAGGUGGAGGGUUUUAGCAGAAAUAGCCAUGAAAUUGAGCCUAUUAAAGUCCUCGAAUUCUACAGUGGCAUCGGUGGCAUGAGAUAUUCUCUCAUGAAAGCUGGGGUUAACGCAGAAGUGGUACAAGCUUUUGAAAUCAAUGAUAUUGCAAAUGAUGUUUACCAGCACAAUUUUGGGCAUCGCCCAUAUCAGGGUAACAUUCAAAGUUUGAGUGUGGCUGAUCUUGAUAAAUAUAAAGCACAUGCUUGGCUCCUCUCUCCGCCAUGCCAACCUUAUACGAGACAAGGCCUCCAGAAGGACUCAAGUGAUGCUCGGGCAUUUUCCUUCCUCAACAUUCUUGAGCUUAUACCUGAGUUGUCCAGUGCUCCACUCAUGCUUCUUGUAGAAAAUGUUGUUGGAUUCGAGACAUCUAACACUCGUAACAAGAUGAUUGAAGUAUUGGCAACAACAGGUUAUCUUACUCAGGAGUUCAUUUUAAGCCCAUUGCAGUUUGGAGUACCAUACUCAAGACCACGCUACUUUUGUCUGGCGAAAAGGAAACCGUCAUGUUUCCAAUAUUCAAAAUUUAAUAACCAACUGCUUUUCACACCAAGGCUGUUGUUUGGAAAUGAUGGUGAGUUGACAAGCAAUGCACCUGAGCGGUUACCAGAGAGCUGGGAAAGUAUGCUCCUGUUUUGUGAGCCUGUGCAGAUGUUUCUUGAAGCUGACAAUUGCAGUAAUCAAGAUGCACCAGAAUCAAGAUGUUCAGAUAAUGUGAAUUGUUCCCCUUCUUUCCCUGAAUUUACACACAUCUGGGACAAAAAGGUUGGAUCUGAUGGCAAAUCGUUAGAUCAGUAUAUUGUUCCACUGAGCUUGAUAGAAAGGUGGGGAAGUGCAAUGGAUGUUGUAUAUCCAGAUUCUAAGCGAUGCUGUUGUUUUACAAAGAGCUAUUAUCGUUAUGUCAAGGGUACUGGCUCCCUUUUAGCAACCAUCCAACCUAAGAUGAAGGGUAAAUCAUCACCAUUGAAGGACCAAGGCCUUAGAUAUUUCACCCCGAGAGAGGUGGCUAAUCUGCAUUCAUUCCCAAAGGAGUUUUCCUUUCCCGAGCAUGUAAGCCUUAGACAACGUUACGCACUGCUUGGUAACAGUUUAAGCAUAGCAGUUGUAGCUCCCCUCAUCAAAUACCUAUUUACUGAGCUUGAGCAAUCUCGAUGAUUAACAAUGAAGUGCCACACCAGCAAUUUGUACUAUCUGCAUCAUCCACCGUCUGUAUGGGAGAUGGAAACAGACAACGACUUACGAGUGAAAGAAUGCAAGAACGUUUUAGAUUACCAUGAUCGAGACAUUUGUGCUUGUGGUGCCUAUUUUUUGUGCAUACUUGAUUGGCUGAAGCAUGUCAAAUUUUCGUUCUUGUGAGUCAUCAAAACUACAUGUUUCGUUCUGCUUCCCAUGACAUUGUGAUCCUUUUUAACAGUGAAUCAUGUAAUCCAAUUUUGUAAGCGCUAGUUAUUUACAUGAAAAAGAUGAAUUUGCUCAA